CCACUGCUGCUGAGCCAGUUGCGGUCGUCGUCGGAUUUUUCACGACAGCCAGCCAGCAACUGCAAGUCGCGCGGGGCUUUCACAUUUCAGUACGAUUCGCAGCACGAUCCACGACGGGUGGUGUCAACGUGUGGUGACGUAACGCUAAGUGAAAAACAAUUGCGAAAAAGGUGAAUAGUGAAAAAAUAAAUAUUAAAAAUGUCGCCCAAUCAUAAAAAGAAGAAACAACGUAAACAGAAAAAUCAGCAUCAACCGCAUGGUUCCGAUGAGCCCCAGGAAUCCGUUGGAGACAAUGGCGAGACCGGACAAAAGUCACCCCCGGAGGAGGAGCUGAACAAUAACAAGCCAUACGUCGUUCGACAUUCCGACGUUUGGGGACGAUAUUUAAUUGCUUCGCGCAACCUUAAAGCCGGAGAGGUGAUCAUUCAGGUUGAACCCCUGGCAGUGGGUCCUUGGGCGGAAAGUGACCCCGUUUGCCUGGGCUGCCAUAGAACCUUCGAAGUGGGUGCAAAAACAGUGCGAUGUCCGACCUGCAACUGGCGCAUCUGUUCUCCCACCUGUACCGGACUGACCACCCAGCACUCUCGCCUCGAAUGCAUUCCACUCAAAGAGCACGGCGUCGCCAAACUGCUCGAAACCUGCUCAUCCGCCACGCAAAUAAAACUUGCCUACGAAGCAAUCCUGGCGUUGCGAUGCCUUCUGCUGAAACGCACUGCUCCGGAUCGAUACGAGAAGUUGCUGGAAAUGGACGCCAUGAACGAGCGCCGCCAGCAGAUUACGUCCCUGUGGAAGCGUAACCAGGAAACGAUUGUUCAGCGGAUUCGAGACGAGUGGAAGUUUGAGGAAUUCAGCGAGGCAGAAGUCCACACCGUUUGUGGAAUCAUUGAAGUUAACGCAUUCCAGAUUGGUCCGACUGAGGUUCACGCCAGGGCGCUCUACCCGGAGGCAUUCUACAUCAUGCACGAUUGCACGCCCAACACGACCCAUACCGACCAGCCGGGAAGUCACGAGCUAACGGUGAGGCCCACCAGGGACCUGAAGGCGGGUGAACCUCUCACUCUGUCGUACUCGUACACCCUGCAGGGAACGCUCAAGCGAAGACAACAUCUGUGCGACAGCAAGUUCUUCUGGUGCCAGUGUCCACGAUGCGUGGAUCCAACAGAGUUUGGAACGCACUGUAGCACACUAAAGUGCGCCAAAUGUCCCAAAGGACUCGUUCUUUCGUCAAACCCACUCGACCAGGACGCCCCCUGGAAGUGCAAGAACUGUCCCCACACGAUCCCGGCCCAGAGCGUCACCCAGCUUCUCAACGGUCUCUACAAAGAACUCGAAUCCAUCGGCGGAAACAACGUGGAGCUGUUCGAAAACUUCCUUCUCAAAUACGAACCCAUCCUCCACAAAAACCACUACCUCUUCCUCUCCGCCAAACACUCGCUCUGUGAGCUGUACGGCAAAGCCCCGAACUACCUCAUGCACGAACUGACCCUGGAUCAGAUCAACCGCAAAGAAUACCUCUGCCGAGACCUGUUAACCCUUGCCGAUAGCUACGAGCCCGGCCUUAGUCGGCUCCGCGGACAGCUCAUGUACGAACUGCAGGCCCCGAUCAUGGUCAAAUCCCGGUAUCUGUUUGAAACCCAGAGCAUCACGCUAUCCCAGCUGAAGCAAACUCUGAAGGAGGUGGCGCGACUGUUGAAGCAAAGUGCGGAGAUCUUGGGCUUCGAACCGCCCGGAUCGGCGGAUCAUGAAAUGGCAGUGGCCGCGAGGAAUGCGUUGCGGGAGAUGGGUGGUUGA